AUGGCGAGGGAGAGGAUCAAUGGAAAUGGAGACGAUGCCGGCUUGGAUGGGGUGCUGAGGGAUAUUGACCGCACAUGGCCGCUCAUGAGUUCGGAGAAUUGCAACCCCGUCUCUGUUGCUUUACAACUUCUCGAUUCCCAAUCGUCACUGGGCCGCGGUCGCAACCUCAAUUCCUUCCAGGACACGACACAAAAGCUUGACGAAUCACUUCAGGAAAUCGUGAACGAGCAUUAUCUUGGAUUCAACGACGCUGUCGGCAAGUAUGGUCAAAUCAUGCAGGCUAUCUCGGCCAGUCAGAAGAAUGUGCGACAGAUGAAGGAGGGGCUGCUUCAAGCACGGGAGGAGUUGAGUGCGCAGAGAUCGGAUCUGCUACCGUCGAGUGAGCGCAGUCAGCAGUACAAAGAGCUGCUGCGACUCAUCGGACGAAUCCAGACAUUACACUCCAUCCCCGACCGUCUGGACGAGCUCAUCGCGAGCAAGAACUUUUUGGCAGCGGUAUCUCUACUGAAAAGCGGUCUAAAGCAGAUAUCGCGGCGGGAGAUGGAGGGAGUUGGUGCCUUAGUCGAUAUACGCGCGUAUCUUAAACAGCAAGAAGCCGGUUUGUUUGAGGUACUUGUGGAGGAACUCCAUAACCACGUUUACCUCAAGAGUCCGUACACAGAAGGUAUGUGGGAAGCAUGGAAGACUGGCCAGAAAGACUUGCCGGCUGUCAGUCGGCCUUCCUCUGCUGGUAAUAGCCAAAGUACGGGCGCGCUUCAGUUUACGCGUCAGAACCGCAAACUGGGAUUACAGAACACCUCGAAAUCUGGAGUUGUGCUCUUUACUGAUGCUGAGCUCUCACAGCCUCCAUCAGAAACGCAAACUGGGAACCCGGAAACUGACUCCCUUCAGUACAUCCGCCUCCUUGUCGAAUCUCUGGCUGCUUUGGAACGGCUGCCAAAGGCGUUCGAGGUGUUGAGUCAACGGUUGCCGGUAGAGCUUUACCAGCUUGUCGACAAGACGAUCGAGGAAGUCGAUAGACGGCACCUUGGACGCGGUUUACGGGUUGGUCGACGUCAGGAGCCAAAGAACGGCGUUAAGCGGUUACAGUCGAAGACUGUGCUACCCAUAUCGAUCGCCCGUGUCAUUUCUCCAACGAAUAGGGAUGUGUUAGAGGAUUUGCUCUGGACGUUAUACUCGAAGUUUAGCGCAACGUUGACUGGACAUCGCACCAUCCAUGACGUGGUCCAUAUUAUCGCGACACGGCCUGAGAAUGCGCAACGCGAAGAUUUGGCGGGAAUCGCGGAGGAUCUGUCGUUUGGGUUCUUGGAGGUAUGGAAAAGUUAUCAGAGUGAGGUAAAAGGCUUGUUGCACGACUACAUCACCGAUGACAACCUACCUAUCAAAAAGGUUGGAGCAGCUCAGGGCGUUAAAGAACAGCAAGCAAAGAGCUUGGACAGUCUGUUCACGGGGUCGAGCAGAGACCGUGGGGCGAGAAUCUGGAAGUUGGGGAACGCGGAGAAAAUUGCAGACCAUGAACAGGAUUUGAUUGGGAUUCUGCACAAGAGUGUUCCAGGACUUGUUGCGGAGAACGGAGUUGCGGCUAGUACGGCAAGUACGAGUACUGUGACGAAUGGGAUGACGAAUGCUGGGCAUAGGGUGUUGAUCCCGCCGUCGGUGUUCAAUAUUCGGACGCUUAUGGAUCCUACGACGGCGCUCUUGCGACGGAUAUCGGCCCUAAUCCCACCGAACUCCAAAUUUCGCCCGUCGACAUUUACUGGCUUCUUUGACGAUUUCCUGGUGAACGGGUUCCUGCCUCAACUAGAAGACACAGUCGGAGAGAUGUUCGCCUCAGCAAUCGGCGGCGAAGACAGUUUCCAUAUCGACGAGGCAUGGAUGACCGUCUCCAUCUACCCAAUCGGCAAGUCCGCUGUCGCUUUGAGUGAGUUGAUUGAUAACUUGUGUCGAAUGCUGGGGAGCAUGAGCCAUUAUCGGGAUGAGUACAGUUUAUUGGUGAUUGACAUGCUGGGCAAGUACUACAAGAAGUGUUAUGAUCGGUUCAGGGAGUUGGUGGGGAUGAAAGGAGCGACGCAGGAUAUGAAAACGAGCGCGAGGUGGUCUAACUUGGAGGAGAUGAGGGCACUUGUGGGACCGAUCUUGGGGAAGCGGGAGGAGGGUGAAAAUGUCAGCGUCGAGGAAUGGGAAGAGUUCGUGAGGAAGGAGACUGGCGUUCAGUUAAAACUCAAAGGCAGCCAGCCUUUGGGUGCUGGUGCCAUCAUUCAGGACGUGAGCCUUAUUACCCGGAUGGUGACACUCUACAACAGUGUCAAGUGGUUGUCGGCCCGAGUUAUGCCGAUGGCACACAUCGAGGACAAGAAUGGCAUGUCGAUAAGGAUGAACGGGGCGAGUACAGAACGGGCUACAGAGGAUCGACCACGUCUACCAUUGACCAAGGAGCUCGCGAGUCGCUUUGAUGCGUUGUUGGCGACGUACGACCAACUCGCCGAGUCUGUCUUACUUACUCUCCGGAUUGAGAUGAGGUUACACGUCACAUAUCACCUCGAACUCGCACUAACUGAUGGAAACUACUCGCUGGACGAGAAAACCGUAGAGCCAGACCCGCACGUGAGCAACCUCAACACAGACCUAGUACUCCUCGACGAACGUCUCUCGGGCGCUCUACCAAAUUGGGAAUACCGUUUCGUCACCAAAGGGAUGGCUGUUCUGAUUGACGAGUUACUCGUUACGCUGGCGGGAGAGUCGAUUAGGUUGAUCAAUAAGGUGGGUGUGUUGAAGAUGAUGCACAAUAUCCUUGCUCUGCAGCAGAAUUUGAAGAAUUUCGUGAGUGGGCCGUCGGAUGCGCAGUUGGAGAGGUCGACGGAGUACUGGAGGUUGUACGAGCUUGGACCGGCGCGACUCCUCGAAGUUAUCAAAACCCACCAGCCCCCACACUUCACCUUCGAUCAACUCAAGAACAUGCUACGACUACAAUACUCCGAUAACCUCGCACGAGCUACGAACGAGAACAGGAGAGAUUCGGCAUUGCAGGCGCGGAGGGGGUUCAAUGAGAGGUGUAUUGCGUUGGGGGAGUAUUUCCAUCAGAUAGAGAGCCAGGAGGAGGAGAGGGAGGAGGAGGAGGAGGCUCAGGCGCCGGCGCCGGUAGCAUGA